AUAGAUGUAGACAGGCGUCCUUUGGUCUGGCGAAGGUUGACUGACAUGAAUUUUCCGGCCGAGUUAUCUGUGUUCUGCUUAUUCUUCUAUUUGACAGUACUCAAUUUCUUAGUUCCGUCUGCUGAAUCGAAAGUUUCGUGCAAACUCAAGGAAAUUGAGGAGCAAAAAGAUCUAAAGAAAUUUGUAAAGAGUCGUAGAAGUAUUUUGGUUCUCUUUGCAAAAGAUGAGAAUGAGUAUAAAAAAGCUGCAGGAUCGUUCAUAUGCGAAGCGGUAGAAACGAUGCGCGUCAAUGUAGACGCUGCCUUUGUCAAUUGUGAAGGGAUCAAAGGAAAACGUCUUUGCAGACAAACCAAAGUAGACCCUACGCACUUUAUUCUACAAUUCUAUCUAGACGGCCAACUUAAAAGUUCCAACUAUGACAGGCAACAUUCUGCAAAAAGCCUUAUCUACUUCCUGAAAAAUCCCAACGAAGAGGCGCCAUGGAGCGAAGAUCCUGCGUCAAAUUAUGUAUCUCACUUAGAAUCCAUUGAAGACUUGGCUAAUAUUUUGAAGCGGAAAAGUUCGGUUUUGAUUAUGUUUUACGCGCCGUGGUGCGGACACUGUAAGCGGCUCAAGCCGCAGUAUGCGACGGCAGCCAAAGACACGAUUGACGGAGCAGUGACUCUUGCCGCGAUGGACGUGAAUGGAGACGAGUACCAGAACGUCCGAAUGCAUCUAAAUAUCACAGGAUUCCCGACUUUGAUCUACUUCAAAGAAGGUAAACCGGAGUUCAACUACGAAGGUGAAUAUACUAGAGACGCUAUUUUAGAGUGGACAAAAGACCCAAAGCCAUUUGAGAAGAAAAACAACGUCGAAAAUAAAGACAUAGAUUGGUCAGCUUCUGAGAGUGCCUCGAAUGUUGUUUUCCUCGACGAUGAAACAUUCGAUGAAUACAUAUCAACUCAUAACUCUGUAUAUGUAAUGUUAUAUGCCCCUUGGUGUGGUCAUUGUAAGAAAAUGAAACCUGAUUACGAAGAUGCCGCAAAUGAGCUUGCAGAAGUCAAACCAGAUGCGGCCUUAGCUGCAGUUGACGCAACUGCUAGCAAAUCAGUUGCUGAAAAGUUGAAGGUAAAAGGAUUCCCAACUAUGAAGUACUUCAUCAAUGGCACUCUUUCGAACGACGAAGUGAACUAUCGAUCCAAGAAAGAUAUUGUAGCUUUCAUGCGGGGUCUUAAAGUGCCAGAUCCAGUUGAGUCCGAAAAGCCGAUUGAGGAUAAUUGGGAGUCGGAAAAAAGUAGUGUCGUUCAUUUGAAUAGUGAGUCGUUUUCGACAGUCCUGAAGAAGCGCAAAUUUUCCUUAGUCAUGUUCUACGCUCCCUGGUGCGGACAUUGUAAAAGGUUGAAACCUCAUUAUGCACUAGCAGCUCAGCUGGUGAAGCAACAGCCAAAAGUUCUUCUAGCUGCGGUUGAUUGCACGAAGUUCACAGACGUGUGUUCUAAGUUCGAGGUUUCUGGAUACCCUACUUUGAAGGUGUUCAAAUAUGGAAAAGAGCCUUUUGACUAUAAUGGUGGACGGGAGUCGCAGGAUUUUGUGAGUUUUCUCGGAAAAUUGAUGGAAAACGAUAAUUCUGAGAAGAGGGUGGAACUCUAAUAACUGAAAAACUUGUCAACUUAUGUGAUUUGUAUUUAGCCUAUCAUGUUUGUGAUUGGGAUCAUUGUAAAUGGUAAAGAUGUAAAUUUGUCAGAUUUAUACUUUCUAUAACUUAUAUAUGUUACAAACUGAGAGGCGAGAAUUUAAGUUGGAAAUGUGAA